AGCCAAUUGAGAAUCGGAAGAAGGAAGCCAUCUUUAUUCGCAGGCGUAUAUGUCUGCCAACGUCGAAGCUGUGCAAUAGCCCAUAUUACACCUUUUGUUGAUCAUAGACUUUUAAUUUGUGAUUUCUGUAUAUAGGAAUAUGUCAACUAUGAAUCCUGAGUAUGACUACCUGUUCAAACUCCUGUUGAUAGGCGACUCUGGUGUAGGAAAGUCCUGUCUACUCCUGAGGUUUGCUGAUGAUACAUACACAGAAAGCUACAUCAGUACAAUUGGUGUGGAUUUCAAAAUCAGAACAAUAGAAUUGGAUGGGAAAACAAUCAAACUGCAGAUAUGGGACACAGCUGGUCAAGAAAGAUUCCGAACAAUUACAUCUAGUUACUACAGAGGUGCUCAUGGUAUCAUCGUUGUUUAUGAUGUGACGGAUCAGGAGUCAUUCAACAAUGUGAAGCAGUGGCUGCAGGAGAUUGACAGGUAUGCCAGUGAGAAUGUCAACAAGCUGCUGGUCGGCAACAAAUGUGACCUCACCACCAAGAAAGUCGUCGACUAUACCACAGCCAAGGAGUAUGCAGAUCAACUAGGAAUACCUUUCCUAGAGACAAGUGCGAAAAAUGCUACAAACGUUGAACAAGCAUUUAUGACGAUGGCUGCAGAAAUCAAGAAUCGCAUGGGUCCAGUGACGGCAGCCUCAGAAAAUAAACCUAGUGUAAAAAUUAAUUCUAGCACCCCAGUCAAACAGGGCGGCGGGGGCUGCUGCUAAGGCUGCCAACAUCUUAUGUGGACUCCAUUCUUUUAUGUCAACUAAGGGAUACCGACAAUGGGGCAGACAGCAUGAGGACAGAACUAGACACACACAGUUGCUCUAAGACAUCAGCAGUUUGAUCCUCAUUUGAUGUGGUGGGACAUCUUGCUUGUCUUGGACAACCUGCAGUGGCAGUGACUGAAUUGUUGUAAGGUAUUUUGUCUACAAGAUAAUAGCUAAAAGAUGUGUCAUUGUAAUAUCAUUAUGUAAGAAAGAACACUGUCCUAAUGACAGUAUCUGAUUUGAUUUUAUUGUUAAACUAUUAGAUUAUUUAUUCUCAGUCUCUUGUCAAAUAAUAUAUUUACUCUCUAAGGUCAAUGGGAUGAGUGCUGUUUUUCGCUCUAAGGGAGAUAACUCAUAUUGGCAUCUGUACCCAUGCUAGCAUCACCGGGAAGAGUGAGACAGAUUAAGAAAUUUUUAUCAUGCAAACUGCAAAUAACUUGCACAUUGUAAUUGCACUCCUGUUUUCGUAUACCAAUGAAUGAGUGGACAUUUGUAUUUAUUUGGUUUCUUCACCUGUGAUCGAUAAAUUUGCAGUUUGUAACCAAGUGCUCAAUAAGAAUUUUAUAUAAACAAGGCUUCAAGCCCUCCUCUCCCUACUGUUGCUAGCUUGGAUCAAGUGUUAAGUGGUGUGAUUAUACUAAAGAAAAUUGUGUAAUUCUGAGUCCAAUUUUUAAGGUAAAUCCAGUCCCGUCAUACUAAGCCAGCUGUGACUUGUCAACAUUGAAUGUGCUUGAUGAUUGUACAUUUGUGGAUUCAUUUAUUCUUUUCACCCACUGGGUUGGUAUUGUAUAUUGAUAUAUAAUAUUUGCAAAUAGUGUUAUGUAGAGGAGGAAUAUUAGAUAAUGCUUUUUCUUUGAACUUUGCCUGAAAUAUGCUCUUCAUCAGUAAACACUUUUGACAAUUUGAGAGAAGGCAUUCCUGAAAGAUUCACUGUAAAAUGUGAGCCUGUGUUAAUUGGUUUCGUACAUUAUUCCAGUGCUGGUUGUGUAGCUUUAGGUUCUUCAGUAUGUUUCUACAGCAUCUCCAUUGUGCUGAUUUCUGUGUUCAUCUUUGUCGUCCAUAUCAGUGGUAACUGGAGAAUGUGUGAGCAAGGUGUGAUGGCAUGACACGGUGACCUGACCUGACCUCGAAUGGGAAAGGUGAAGGUCACCAGCCAAAUGAAUACAUGCUGUAUCCUAUGGUUGUAGUAUAAUGUCCGAAAGACGAAAGAACGAGAGGUCUGUGCAUCAUCUCAUUGUUGACCAUCCAGCUACACAUCCCCUUCCCCUCCAUCAUAAUUUCUGCUAACUAAGAUAUAUUUUUUAAACUUGUGUAUGUUCUUGCUACUCCCCGCCCGAGCAAGCAGGCUAUGUGUACAGCCUUCUGAGCUUACUUGAUACCAGCACUGUACCAUCUAUCAACAAUAAAACACUUGUAAAUAUCACAAA